ACAUAUAUCCAUUGAACCUGAGGGUUAUGAUUAUGAUCGUGGAAUCAAUCGGACGGUCUUGGUUGAUUCCCCAAACGUUUCUUCGUUCAGUUUCAAUGCCGGUUCGUAUGAGCUCCGAAAGCUGUGGUUUAAGGUAAUUUUCUUGAUUUGUGUUUGUAUUUUUUGUAUUUAUGAUUUAACGAAAAAGUAGACAUCCUGUUCAGUGAAUUGCUGUCUCUUUAGCUUGUUGAUGAAUCUUGGAGUCGAGUGAUAGACCAAGGGAAUAGGAUACUAAUUGGUCGUGUUAGAUUUCAAUUUAUACGUUUGUUAAGACUACAUAUCCUGCGCUUGUGCAUCGGCUGCUGGCAUAAGCAAAAAGAGAUUGCAACUGAACGACAUCGUACAAAAUUGUGUUGAAAUGAAAACGUCCUCCCCGGAUGGUUACUCGUUUUAAAAAAGCAGGAUUAAUUGAUGAUUAGCCAUGCCAUUGUGUAGGGUUAGGUUUCUCUCCUUGAGUUUGUGGUUUCGAAAGUACCUCUCAAGACUCUUUAUUGUAAGUGUUUUAAGCACACUUUUGUUGGUUUAAAGAUGAUGCAAGUGUCAAGUACUCACACUGCCGAGUCCAUCAUACUUUGUGUUGGAUCAAAAACGCUUCGGGCAAAUGCUCCUGAGUCAACUUGGGAAGCCUCGUACUCUGUGAUGAAGAGGUGUGAAAGUAUCUGCAGAAGAAGAAUACUAGUUAAACAAUGUCGAUGUCAAGCGACCAUCUCCCAGAUUGAAAUCUGUGGCUAAUAUGAUCACCUGCUCUGCUGUUGGCCUAGCCAUCUGCAUCCUUUUGCAAGCAGGCUUCAAUAAACGAGCAGAACUCUGUUGAAAAUUGGUGUUUUGAAGGUGUAGGUGAUCGAUCAUCCAAGAUGUGCCAUAGACCUCAGAACUUUAGUUGCAAAACAACGGCGGAUGUAGGCAAUGGAAAGGAUAUGAAUGCAGCAACGGGUCCUUCAUUAGCUGUACAUGGGAAUUCUCCAGUACCACACUCAAAGAGAGCUUGACCAAGGCUCCAAAUAUCAGCUGGAUAGGAAUAAUUCUCAUUUCAAAUCCGCUCAGGCGAUAUAUUGAGCAUGGCAGCAGAGUUGAGGGGAUCACAAAACUCAGGGGAUAUCCCGCAUGAGUAUGAAGCUUUGUUCGCUGCUGUAAAGAGGGGUGAUUGGGAUGAAGCGAAGGGGUUACUUACCCUACACCCCAAUGCAAUAACAGCAACGGAUGGAUUUGGGACAGCUCUUCACAGCGCAACAAUAUUCGGGCACGAGCAAAUUGUGGAAGAGCUGGUGCAGUUGAUGACGGAGGAACAAUUGGAGAUAAAAAAUAGAGAUGGUUGGACGGCUCUUGAUUAUGCUGUAAGAGAAAACAUCAAGAUGGUUAAAUGCAUGGUAACGAAGAACCAGAAACUACUCGGUAUUGCCACAGAGUCUACCCAAGAGACUCCGAUUGUCACCGCUGCUUGGCGUGACCAAUGGGAUAUAGUUCGGUAUCUCUACUCUCUCACUCCACCCCAAGAUCUAAUGCUAGAUGAAGGCAUUUACGGCUCUAAACUUGUUAGAUAUUGUCUUUAUGCCAAAAAAUUUGGUAUUGCAUGGGAGUUACUUCAGCGUUACCCACGAUUUACAUGUACUCAAGGCACCAUCUCCCCUAUAAUUGCACUUGCUUCUUUGUCCUCUGCAUUCGCGAGUGGGACGUCGCUCAAAUUAUGGCAAAAGUGGAUCUACAAUCGUUAGUAACAUCUUCCCCUU